AAAAGUACCUGGCAUCUCUGAACUCAAGCCAAAAACGUCAAAACAACAAAAAAUUCCGUUCUGAAAUUUUGUAUCAAUUUUUUUUAGGUUUAUGUAACAGAUGUUUUUUUUAAAUCACAAUAAAAUUGUGCGCAAAAAUGUCGCUUUUUCGUCUGGUGAGUUAUUCCGGAGCGAAAUUUGAACACACUUCUCGCUGGAUCUGUUCUGGUAGGAUAUUUUUCGCUCCUCCAAAUGAUGGGAACAAAAGCCUUCCGCCCAUGAUUGAUUUGGAGGACAAAUCUCUUCCGAUUCCCAUUUACAAGGAAAAACAAAACGAACCGUUGCAACUGCAGAAAUCAAGAUUGCUGUAUCAAUCCCGUAAACGCGGGAUGCUCGAAAAUGGCUUGCUGUUGAGUACCUUUGCGGCCAAGUAUCUGGAGUCAAUGACUGCACAACAAACUAAGCUUUACGAUAGUCUUAUAAAUUUACCCUCCAACGAUUGGGACAUCUUUUAUUGGGCAACUGGUGUGAAGCCAACACCACCCGAAUACGAUAACGAGAUAAUGAAUAUGCUAAAACAGCAUGUAAAGAACAACAAUAGGGAGCAAAGAUUCCAUCAGCCUAAUCUCUAUUAGUCUUUUUUCUCGACUAGAAUAUAAAUUUAAUCAAUCGUUUUGCAGAAAAUCUAGACUAAGUAUAACGUCAAUAUCAAUACUAGUAUCUAGGUAAAGGGGGACGUAGUACUUAAGGCAGAUUUAGGGUCGUUUUUUACACGCUUACUUUUAAAUGUUUCAAAGCUGUACGCACACGUGGCGACAGGACACAUGCUACAAACAUAUUCACUAUGGAUUUUAUUCUACUUAUUUCAACGUUGUUGCUGUCGUCGUGUUGAAUUACCUAGAACAAAAUCCAUAGUGAAUAAUUUUUGUGGCGUGUGUCGUGUCGUUUCACAUGAGUGGUCUAGUAACGUAAUAAUUCUAGAACAAACCAGGUGUACCGUUGCUUUUAAAAGUAAGGCGUGGGUAAAAAAAAUCGGUCCUUGUAGUCAUAUUGCUCUAUGUGAAAUGCAGCAUCAAUAAAAUGUGAUAUAAGAUAUUGGA